AUGUUUUUAUUAUUUAUAUUAUCUUUCGUUGUCGUUUUCCCUUUUUUUAUUCUUUUUUACUUUCUCUGUUGCUUCUUUCUCUGCCAUUCUUGCCUUUUUCCCUUUCUUUCUUUCUUAAUUUCUUUCUUUCUUUCCGUCUUUCUUUCUUUCUUUCCGUUUUUCUUAAUUUUUUUCUUUCUUUCUUUCUUUCCGUCUUUCUUAAUUUCUUUCUUUCUUUCUUUCUUUCUUUCUUUCUUUCUUUCCGUUUUUCUUAAUUUCUUUCUUUCUUUCCGUCUUUCUUUCUUUCUUUCUUUCUUUCCGUUUUUCCUAAUUUCUUUCCUUCUUUCUGUCUUUCUUUCUUUCUUUCUUUCUUUCUUUUCUUUCUUACUUUCUUUCUUUCUUUCUUUAGUUUUCCUUUUUCUUUCUUUCUUUUUUUUCUUUGUCUUUCUUUCUUGCUUUCUUUUUUUUCUUUGGCUUUCUUUCUUUUUUUUUUCUUUGUCUUUCUUUCUUUUUUUUUCUUUGUCUUUCUUUCUUGUUUUCAUUUUUUUCUUUGGCUUUCUUUCUUUUUUUUCUUUGUCUUUCUUUCUUGCUUUCUUUUUUUUCUUUGGCUUUCUUUCUUUUUUUUUCUUUGGCUUUCUUUCUUGCUUUCUUUUUUUUCUUUGGCUUUCUUUUUUUUUUUUUUUGUCUUUCUUUCUUGCUUUCUUUUUUUUUUUUUUUUUUUUUCUUUGUCUUUCUUUCUUUUUUUUCUUUGUCUUUCUUUCUUGCUUUCUUUUUUUCUUUGGCUUUCUUUCUUUCUUUUUCUUUGUCUUUCUUUCUUGCUUUCUUUUUUUUCUUUGUCUUUCUUUCUUUCUUUCUUUUUCUUUGUCUUUCUUUCUUGCUUGCUUUUUUUCUGUACACUGCUCUACUUUCUUUUAUCUCCAUUUACAAAGUUCGUCCAUCUUUUUUUUACUAUAUAUCUUCUUUCAAUUAAUUGAUUAUCAUCUGUUUUUCUUUCUUUCAUUUCAUUAUUUUUCAUUUUUUUUCUUUCGUCCUUUCUAUGAGCAUUGUUUAUCGUCGCAUUUUUCUUCUUUUUUUUUCAAUCUUUAUUUUCUUUCAAUUCGUUAUCUUUCCUUCCUUCUUUAUUCGUCUUCGAUUUUCAUCUCCUUCAUUUUCUUCAUUUUUCUUUCCUACUUUUUCUUUCAUUUAUUUUCAUCCUUCAUCUUUUCAUUUCUUUUAUUCUUUUAUCGUCUAUUAUUAUCAUUUAACUUAUUUCUUUCGCACUUAUUUUCUUUCUUUCCCUUUUUCAUAAUAUGUUUCCUUCGUUCUUUCGCUUAUUCCUUUUUCUUUCUUUAUUUCCGUAUCCUUUGUUUCUCAUUCUCCUUUAUCUUUAUAAUUUUUCUUCUUUUCUAUAAAAUUCAAGAUUUCUUUUUUAUUUAUUUUUUACCUUUUACUCUCUUUCUUCCUUUCUUUUUUCAUCCGUUCUUUCUUUUUCAUUUGUAUAAUAUUCUUUUUUCUUUCUUUUUCUUCCUUUCUUUUUUCUUCUUUCUUUUUUCCUUCUUUCUUUUUUUUCUGAUUUUUCCGUAUUCUUCCUUUCUCAUUGUUUCUAUCACUAUCAUUUUUCUUCUCUUCUAUGAGAUUCAACAUUUCUUUCUUUAUUUCUUUCUUACCUUUGACGUUCUUUCUUUUUUUCUUUCUCUCUCUUUCUUUCUUUCUUUGUGUUUUCAUCCUUCCUUUCUUUUUCAUUUCUAUAAUAUUCUUUCUUUCUUUCGUUCUUUCUUUCUUUCUUUCUUUUUAUUUUUUUUUGUCUUCAUUGUUUACAUCGUCAACUAUCGCUUUGCUAUUAGAAAAUUCUUCGAAUUUUUUCUCUCCAGAUUAUUCAUAUCAUCGUUGAUUUUUUUUUACUUUUCUUUCAAUUCUUCAACCUUUUUUUCGAACUUCUCUCUUUGUCUACGUGUCUUUCUCUCUCUCUUUUUCUCUCUCCCUCCCUUUCUCUUUCUCUCUUUCUCGCAUUCGUUCUUGAAAUUUCCCACCAUUAUUCUGAAGCCUUUAUCAGGUAGCCUCAGGAUUGUAAAAAUCUAUCUAUCUCUCUAUCUAUCUAUCUAUCUAUCUAUCUAUCCAGAUGUUCUUUAUCUAUCUAACGAUCUAAGUUUCUUUCUUUCUUUCUUUCUUUCUUUGCUUUCCUCGAUUCAUAUCUAUCUAUCUAUCUAUCUAUCUAUCUAUCUAUGUAGAUGUAAUUUAUCUAUCUGUCUGUCUAUCUAUCUAUCUAUCUAUCUAUCUAUCUAUUUAGAUGUAAUCUAUCUAUCUAUCUAUCUAUCUAUCUAUCUAUCUAUCUAUCUCAGCCUCUGUUUAUUAUCAAUCAAGCUAUCUCUCUUUCAUUCCUUAUUUCUCUCUUUCUAUCUCUGUCUAUCUAUCAUUUCCUGUUUCUCUACAUUCUUGUUUCCCGUCGCACAAAACUUCUUUUUUGCGCACACGAAAACUACUACUCAUCGUCUAUUAUCUAUCUAUCUAUCUAUCUAUCUAUCUAUCUAUCUAUCACUGCCUCUUAUCUAUCUCUCUAUCCCUCUAUCUGAAUCUAUCUAUCUAUCUAUCUAUCUAUCUAUCUCAAUCUAUUUUUAUCAAUCUCAAUCUUUUCUUAUCUAUCUAUCAUUCUCAAUCUAUUUUUAUCUUUUUCAACCUUUUCUUAUCUAUCUAUCUAUCUAUCUGUAUUAUUUUUAUUCUACUUCGCACGAAUCCUUUCUGCUCCUGACAAGUGAACGUAUUUCUAUCGCUUUUGAAUGUCGUCAGUAUCUUUCUUAA